AUGGAGCCGAUCGGCGACCCGCGGGAGGGGCCGUCGACGGAGCGCGCGUUCGAGGAGCAGACCAUCCCGCCAUGGACGGAGCAGGUGACGCCGCGCGCCGUGGUGGCGAGCCUGGUCCUGGGCGCGGCCUUCAGCGGCGUCAUGAUGAACCUGGUGUUCACGUCGGGGAUCGUCCCCACGCUGAACAUCACCGCCGGCCUGCUGGGGUUCUUCCUCCUCAAGGCGUGGACGCGCCUGCUCGACAAGCUCGGCGUGUUCUACGAGCCCUUCACCCGCCACGAGAACGUCGUCGUCCAGACCUGCGUCGUCGCCUGCGCCAGCAUGACCUACAGCGGAGGGUUCGGGUCGUACCUGCUCGCCAUGGACCAUAGGACGGCGGAGAAGAUCAACACCGGCGAGGUCCACGGCAGAAACGUCAGCGAGCCGACGCUACCCCGGAUUAUGGCCUUCUACUUUCUCAUCAGCUUCGUCGGAAUUCUCGCCAUUAUCCCCAUGAGGAAGACGAUGAUCAUCCGCCACCGGCUGACGUUCCCGAGCGGCUCAGCUACGGCUCACCUCAUCAACAGCUUCCACACCCCUUACGGAGCCAUGCAAGCAAAGAAGCAAGUGUCUCUGAUGAUCCAGUCGUGCCUGGGAAGCUUUUUCGUGUCCAUCUUCCAAUGGUUUUACUCCGGCGGACCGCAUUGUGGCAUGACCUUCUUCCCUUCAUUUGGGCUUGCCGCCUUCAAUCGCGGCUUCUACCUCAAUUUGAACGGAACAUACGUCGGCGUCGGGAUGAUCAGCCCUUACCUGAUAAACAUCUCGAUGCUGGUCGGGGCCAUCGUCUCCUGGGGAUUCAUGUGGCCCUACAUCGAAACCAAAGAGGGGAGCUGGUACGCCGCCGAUCUCCAGGAAGGCAGCUUGCGUGGCAUCAACGGCUACAAGGUGUUUGGCGCCAUAGGCAUGAUCCUGGGCGACGGCAUCUUCCAGCUGGUGGUGAUCAUGGUGAGGACCCUGCAGACGAUGCGGCACCACCAGCUGGAGGCGGCGGAGGCGCUGCGGUCCUUCUCCGACGCCAACGCGGUGCCGCGCAACGUGCUCAGCUUCGACGACCGGCGCCGGACGCAGGUGUUCCUCCGGGAGCACGUCCCGGGCACCCUCGCCAUGGGCGGCUACGCGGCCCUGGCGCUGCUGUCCACCGUCGCCAUCCCGCACCUCUACGGCCAGGUGCGGCACUACCACGUGGCGACGGCGUACGUGUUCGCGCCGCUGCUGGCCUUCUGCAACGCCUACGGCACGGGCGUGGCCGAGACCAACUUCGCGGCGCAGUACAGCAAGCUGGUGAUCCUGCUGUUCGCGUCGUGGAUCGGGUACGGCAACGGCGGGGUGGUGGGGAGCCUCGUCAUCUGCGGCGUCGUCUCGUCCGUCGUAUCCACCGCCUCCGACUUCAUGUCGGACUUCAAGACCGGGUACCUGACGCUCACCUCGCCGCGCGCGCUCUUCGUGAGCCAGGUCAUCGGGACCGGCAUCGGCUGCGUCGUCAACCCGGCCGUGUUCACCGUGUUCCACCACUUCUACGAGGAGGCCGGGAACAAGAUCUACCAGGUGCCGCUGGCCAAGAUCUACCGGGCCAUCGCCGUGGUCGGCGUCGGCGACCUGGACCUGCCCCGGCACUGCCUGAGCAUGAGCGUGGGCUUCUUCGUGCUGGCGCUGGCGGUGUGCGCGCUGCGGGAGGCGGCGGCGCACUACAAGUGGCGCGCAAGGAACUUCAUCCCGAGCGUCACCGGCAUGGCCAUGUCGUUCCUGCUGGUGCCGGCGGUGGCCAUCGACAUGUGCGUCGGCAGCCUGGUGCUCUACCUGUGGACCAGGUCGGACAGGGACGGCGCGCAGGCGUUCGGGCCGGUGCUCGCGUCCGGGCUCAUCUGCGGCGACGGGCUCUUCUCCAUCCCCUACGCGCUGCUCGCCAGGUACGGCGUCACGCCGCCCAUCUGCAUCAGGUUCGUCGCCAGGGAGCAGAACGACAAGCUGGACGCCUACCUGGCCACUGUACUUGAGAAGUCCCGAUGAAGGCUGUCGACACCCAACCCUUCCUGACCUGUAGAUCCUGCCAUGAUGAUACGACGACAUGAUCUAGUGAUAGCAUGUAAAUUGGAACUUCUGCAAUUAUUGGUCGUUUGAUGUA